AUGCUCAAUUUUUCACCAAGCAGCUUACAGAAUGAUGAUGGUGGACCUUUUGGUUCUUCAUCCAAUGGUUACUGGACAACAACAACAACAGGAAAUGAAAGAGAUUUGAGAAGCAGCACAAAAAUUCGCUCAAGUUAUUCCUUCUCUCCAUCAUCACCCCGUCCAUCACAACAACAACAACAACCAACGACAAGUACCAUGUACUAUAAUCAUACCAACCCGAAUCAUUAUUCUCCAUCAUCAUCUUUUCAAGGUCCUGCUACGAACGGUUUUUAUUAUCAUGACGAUGUAAGACAGCCUUCCAUUUCUCCGAUGACCUAUCAGAGAGUCUAUCUACCUUCAUCAUCUACGGCAUCACAGCAAUAUUCUACUUUUGAUUAUGACCCAUCGGGCGUAUCUUUUGAUCCCAUGAAUAACACAAUCAUGAUGGGAGGAGAUGGAGUUAAUGCUCGACAUACUCGAAACGUGAUGUUUGCUCCAUCUGAGAUGAAUCCAAAUGACAAUACCAUUAUGGUGACUCAUGAUGGAAGACCCUCUGCCAGAACGACAUCCACACGAUCAUCGUUUCAUUCUGCUGCAAAGACUGGUUCCACUUCUUCUGGAAGCAACGACAUGCUGUUGUGGUUGCAGUCGUUGGUGUCAAAAAUUUUGCGACCUCUCAUCCAUUAUUUAUUUUCGUAUCGAAUUCAAAAUAUUCACAAAUAUCAUCAACAACAAUUUCCUGAUGAGUCGACCAUUAUUGUAUCAUCCCCCACUCCAGCAUCAUCACCCGCUCAAAAUAGAGAGAUUAACUCCAUUGACAAGAUUACUUUCACUAUUGGUGCUGGAAUAUUUUUCACAAUUUUCUCACUUGUCACGGUGCAGUUGUACAACUCGAUUUUUGCAGUCAAUACCAAGCCAUUAUUCAAACGAGGAGUAUUUUCUUUUGUCAUGGGAGAGGUUUGCAUAACCCUUCUCUUGGUAAUUAUGCGUUUUGUAUUUGCUUUGGAUAAUGCUGACUAUGACCCGAGUGUUGUGAAACAGCGACAAAAAAUUCCAGUCCGUGACACUGAAACUCCUCUCUUGUUUGACUAUUUUACUUUGGAUGAAAGAGAGAUUAUGUUUUUCAUGUCAACAAUAUGUACCUUCAUCAUUUCCUACACGAACGCGCUCAUCUUCUCCAUUUUAUUUGAAUUAACAUUGGUCAUUAUUGGAUCUCAUUACGGAUUCUUAAAUAAGAGCUUGCUUGGAGUGGCUGUGACACUUUUGAACUUUUUUGAAAUUUUGUUGCGUUGGCUUAAUUUGAGAGAAAAUUACAGUGUUGAAAUUUUACUAUCUCUUGCAUGCAUGACCAUGAUGCUUCAAUCAUGGAGACUUAAAAAACUUCGAACCUUUAAGGCCAAAAAUUAUCCAAGCUCAUUGGCAAGAUUUGUAGCCUUCUAUUGCUCUGAAGAAAUGUUCUUCUUACUUCCAAAGGCAUUGCGAGUGUGUCACAUCUUGUAUGAAACCUCCAAGUUCAGUAUUGGAUUAUUUUGGGAGCUUGUGGUGUUGUCUGGUAUUGGAAUUAUUGGAUCCAUUCUCAUAUUCAAAAUCUUGCAACAAACAAACUUUUAUUUGGUGAGCGACAUUACUCAAUACGAACGUGUUCGUCAUGCCAACCUCGGAAACGUGUAUGGCAUGCCACGAAGAAGAAGUCGAUCAGGACUCGCUUUACAACGUUUAGUAUCUGCCAACCAAAACACACCAUCCUCGUCAUCUUCACCCUACACCAGAAAGCUGAUGAAUGGUCGACCUUUCACGACGACAUCACCUUCCUAUAUUCCACACAAUCUUCUUAAUCAAUAA